GGAGGCUUCGUUCAAAGAAAGAAGGAGAAUGUGGAAUCCAAAGGGACAUAUAGAGAAGCAAGGAGGAAGAGGCAUAGUUGCAGUGGCCAUAGACAGGGAUAAAGGGAGCCAACAUGCUUUGAGAUGGGCUACUGAGCGUCUUCUCACCAAGGGCCAAACUGUAGUUCUCAUCCAUGUCCUAAAAAUAUCUGCAAUUGUAUCGGGACAAAAUAAUCUUGACAAGAAUGUAAAGGAUCUGUUUGUCACCUUCCAUUGCUUUUGUAGACGUAAAGAUAUACAUUGUCUAGAUAUUUUACUUGAAGAUACGGAUAUACCAAGAGCAUUAAUAGAAUUCACUAAUCAUGCUGCAGUCGAUAACUUGAUUCUUGGUGCUUCAUCAAAGUACAGUUUCAUCAGAAGAUUCAAGAUCACAGAUGUUCCAGGCAGUGUAUCCAAAGGAGCAGCAGAUUUCUGCACCGUGUAUGUCAUCUCAAAAGGAAAGAUAUCUUCUGUGAGAAAUGCUUCUCGUACAGCCCCUCACAUUUCCCCUCUUCAUAGCCAUAUCCAGAACAAAGUUAACAACAAUGCUAUUGCUAAUCCCGUUGAAGCACCAUCAAGUCAUAGUAUUAGCAUAAGAGUAGCGGAAAAGAUAUCAAGCAAGCCUCAUAGCAUACAAGACGACAGGGAAUCUUUCAAGUCACCAUUUUUAAGAGGAGGAAGAGCUUCAAAUGCAAAGCUGGGCUCUGAGCCAUUAGAUUUAGAUACAGACAUAUCAUUUAUUAGCUCUGAGCGACCAAGUAGCGACCGCAUGUCCAAUGUUGUCUAUGAGUAUAUGGAUUCAGGUCCAACCCCUCGGAUCUCAUCUAGCUCAGACCACAGCUUUGGAUCAAUUCGCAUAGGACCCGCAUUUGGUGAUCCCAACUCACUUAAUUUCUCAUCAAUUUCACAGGAGAGCGGAAGGACCUCAUGUUCAUCAACGAGCAUGAUAAAUGAAGAGGUGGAAGCUGAGAUGAGAAGGCUGAAGCUAGAGCUGAAGCAAACAAUGGACAUGUACAGUACAGCUUGCAAGGAAGCACUGUCAGCAAAACAGAAGGCAGUGGAGCUGCAACGCUGGAGGAUGGAAGAAGAGCGGAGAUUAGAAGAGGCACGAUUGGCUGAGGAAGCUGCCAUGGCAAUUGUAGAGAAGGAAAAAGCUAAGUGCCGAGCAGCCAUAGAUGCAGCUGAAGCAUCUCAGAGGCUUGCAGAACUGGAAUCACAAAGGAGAGUAAAUGCAGAAAUGAAAGCGCUCAAAGAGGCAGAGGACAUGAAGAAGGUAAUUAACAAUCUAGCCCAAAAUGAUAUCAGGUACAGGAAAUACACGAUUGAAGAGAUUGAAGAAGCAACAGAGUUUUUUUCUGAAUCUCGAAAGAUUGGGGAAGGGGGUUAUGGCCGUGUCUAUAAGUGUUAUCUUGAUCAUACACCAGUUGCAGUUAAGGUUUUGCGUCCAGAUGCCUCCCAAGGAAGGUCACAGUUUCAGAAAGAGGUUGAAAUAUUGAGUUGCAUAAGGCAUCCCAAUAUGGUACUCCUCCUCGGAGCCUGCCCAGAGUAUGGCUGUCUGGUCUACGAAUACAUGGCUAAAGGAAGUUUAGAUGACCGUCUAUUUCAGCUGGGUAACACCCCACCUCUCUCUUGGCAACUCAGGUUUCGAAUCUCUGCAGAGAUUGCCACUGGCCUGCUCUUUCUCCACCAGACCAAGCCAGAGCCACUAGUGCACCGCGACCUCAAGCCUGGCAACAUUUUGCUAGACUACAACUAUGUCAGUAAGAUUAGUGAUGUAGGAUUGGCAAGGCUUGUACCCCGUUCUGUCGCUGAAAAUGAAACGAGGUGUCACAUGACAUCAACAGCUGGAACCUUCUGCUAUAUUGAUCCUGAGUAUCAACAGACAGGAGUGCUCGAUGUAAAAUCUGAUGUCUAUUCCUUUGGAAUCAUGCUUCUACAAGUGAUAACAACCAAGCCACCAAUGGGCUUGACUCACCAAGUUGAGCAGGCCAUUGAGAAGGGAACAUUCAAGGAGAUAUUGGACCCGGCGGUGCCUGAUUGGCCAGUUGAAGAAGCCUUGAGCUUUGCAAAGAUGGCACUUCAAUGUGCAGAGCUAAGGCGGAAAGACAGACCAGAUCUGGGUAAGGUUAUCUUGCCAGAGCUUAACAGAUUGAGGAACCUUGCCGAAGAAAACAUGAACCAAACAAUGUGGGACAGAAUGGCAGACCCUUCCGGGCCUUCCCCUAUUCACAGCCAAGUUUCCAUGGCACAGGAUGUGAUUAGCAACCCUCAUCUAGAGCAUUCAGGAUACAGCUCUAAGAGCCACUCAAGCACAUCAUCAAUGACAGGAAGACAAUAAGGAAUGCAAUAAGAAACA